AUGCAGCGGGCCGGGGGCGGGGCUCCGAGGCCCGGGUGCAGCGACGGACUCCCGGGCAGCCUCCACCAGCCGGACCCCGUCGCCCUCCUGAUGCUGCUGCUGGACGCCGACCGGCCGGAGCCGGUGCGCGACGGGGCGCGCGAGCUCGCGCUCUUCCUGACCCCCGAACCCGGGGCCGAGGCGAAGGAGGUGGAGGAGACCAUUGAGGGGAUGCUCCUCAGGCUAGAAGAGUUUUGCAGCCUGACUGACAUGAUCAGGAGCGACACUUCGCAGAUCUUGGAAGAAAACAUCCCACUCCUUAAAGCCAAAGUGACGGAAAUGCGUGACAUCUACACCAAAGUGGACCAGCUAGAGGCCUUCGUCAAGAUGGUGGGGCACCAUGUCACCUUCCUGGAAGCCCACGUGCUUCAGGCCGAGCGGGACCACGGGGCCUUCCCGCAGGUGCUGCGGAGGUGGCUGAGCUCCACGGGGCUGGCCUCCUUCAGGAAGAAACCAUCCGCACCAGCACCCCCGAUAUACGAGCUGCCCGUGUUGUACAGGACCGAGGACUACUUUCCUGCAGGCACCAGGGAGGCAGAGCACGAAGCCCCUGGCUGCUGUCGGCGCCUGUGA